UCUUCCAGGCGGAUAGGGCGAGAGCACUCAGCCGGGCGAAGGACCGCCUUUCGCUUCUUUCUUCCUUCCUCCCUCCCUUGCCCGCUUCCGACAAACAUGGCUACAGCCGCUGCCUCCACGCCUGUCAAGAUUGCGAUUAUUGGAGGGACCGGUCUGGAUGACCCUGACAUACUAGAAGGCAGAACAGAAAAAUAUGUCGAUACUCCUUUUGGAAAGCCAUCAGAUGCCUUGAUUUUGGGAAAAAUAAAAAAUGUUGACUGUGUCCUCCUGGCCAGGCAUGGCAGACAUCACACUAUUAUGCCUUCAAAUGUAAAUUACCGUGCCAAUUUGUGGGCAUUAAGGGAAGAAGGUUGCUCUCAUGUGUUGGCAACUACUGCCUGCGGCUCCCUAAGAGAAGAAAUCCAGCCUGGAGACAUUGUCAUGAUUGACCAGUUUAUAGACAGGACAACCAAAAGGCAUGUCACUUUCUAUGAUGGGAACCAUUCGUGCCUUCCUGGAGUAUGUCACGUUUCGAUGGCAGAACCAUUCUGUGCCAAAACCAGAGAGGUUCUUAUGGAUAUUGCAAAGAAGCUUGGGAUCAAAUGCCACUCAAAAGGAACGAUGAUCACAAUUGAAGGGCCUCGGUUCAGUUCCCGGGCAGAAAGUCUGAUGUUUCGCAGCUGGGGGGGAGACGUCAUCAACAUGACUACCAUUCCUGAAGUCAUUCUGGCAAAGGAGGCUGGGCUCUGCUAUGCAAGUAUCGCUAUGGCAACAGACUAUGAUUGCUGGAAAGAACAUGAAGAAGCUGUUUCGGUGGAUAAGGUGUUAAAGACACUGAAGGAAAACGCGAACAAAGCAACCAGCUUACUGCUUACUGCCAUUCCUCAGAUUGGUUCCAUGGACUGGACAGAAACCCAGCACAACUUAAAAAGUGCUGUACAGUUGUCCAUUUUAUUACCAAAACAUUGAAAACAGGAAGAUUUUCUGAAGCAAGAAGGUCAAUAUUCUGAGAACUGACAAGUACCCUGAAAGACUACAGUUAAAACCUGCAACAUUUUCAUUCUUGUCUGCUAAUAAAUUCCUCAUUUGGGAAGCAAAGAUCUUGUGGAGGUUUGAAGAGGCUGAUAAUGAAAGCUGAUAAAUGGAAUUGGAUACCAAAUAUUGAAUUAUUGUGCUUGAUACACUUUGGUAAACAAAUCAAGAUGCCAAGGACUACAGUUCUGGUUCGCAUAGCCUCUCAUCACUCAGUCUAAAGAUGUCAAGGUAAAGGCAAGGUUAAUGUGUGUGUUCUGCACUACUCUAAACAGAGUAAAUCUCAGAAAACAGGUCAGAUGAGUUGCAGUGUUUUUCAACGUCAUUAAACACAAAAUAGAGGAAUGUUUUUUGAGAGGAGAUGAAUGUCCUUUUCUUCCAUCAUGUUUAAUUUUUAUAUAUUUUGUAAUCUUUUUUGGGGGGGCAGGGGGGUUAACAGAAAAAUAUUUUUCUUCUGCUUAUUUUCAUUUGAAAUUGGCAGAACAAAGGGGCAUAAUUCUGUGUGCUGGGUGUGUAGGUAUUAAGAUGUGGAGCGGUUCUGUGUGAGCCUCUACAUAAGCCCACUUUCACAUUGUUAUGCUAGUUGCUGGUUCUGCACACACUCAGACACUCUUUCACACACUCAGUCACAACCCAGCUGCUCACUUGAAGAGAAGACCCUUUCAUGCUAAUUCAGUGCCUGCCUUUCCACAGGCCCCCCAAGUCCACAAACUUUUCUCACAGAAGUGGCUGUUCACAAGGCAUCCAGGUGGGGUGCACUUGCUGAUUGCUGUUCUGAGGUGUCAGAGGGCAUGUUCCAACUACCUGUGAGCUCUUACAGGGAGUCCUGACAGUCAGCUGGCAACAUGGCACAGUGGGGAGGGGGAACCAUAUUAGUCUCUAAUGGAAGCAGUUGGUCCUAAUUUUCACAUGUAAGAUUGUGCAACAUUUUAUUCCAAGCCUAUGGUUGCCAGAUAUGCUCUCAUGACUUAGUUGUCAAUGUAGUGUACUAAGCUCAGUCCCUGCUGUUACUCAAAGCGGUUGUACAGGUGCCAGGCUUAGAACGAUAUUGCUCAGAAUUAACAAAAUUCAGUACCAAACUCAUUUGAGCCUCAUUCUGGCGUCCUCUGUUGAGAAAUACCGGAUGAUGAUCUGAUGCAUCUCUGGGGACAGUUUUGGUUUCCAUCUGACUUUUAAAGAACAGCUGGGAUAAUCAUAUCUAAUAUACGCACAGAUGUAUUCAUGCAGUUUAUUUCUGUACCCUGUAUGCUGAAUGCCCACGUUUGCCUUCAAGAAAAAGAAUGUGUUGCUGCUUAAUAUCAAAUAAAACCAAAUGUAACCUCC